GGCAUGGCAGCCACUGCAGGGGCCAAUCGAAGGCCUAGAAGGCCCUAUAUGCAAAUAUGAGGCCCCUGCGGACCGAAGUUAGGAGGAGCGCGGGUCGGGGUUGGGGUUGUCUGGCAGCCGAUGGGAGCGAGUCUCCUUAGUCCUGCGAGGAGGGGGCCCGCCGGUGUGGUUGCCGGCGACACGGGCAGCAGAGCGGGGGCCAGACGCGGGAGUAGGAACCGCGGUCCAUUAAUUCAAGAAGCAUACGAACAGGUGCCAUGUGCCAUGGGAGCCAUGCUAGGAGCUGCGAAUGCCAGAUACAGCCUCUUCCAUCAACAAGCUCGUAGUCCAGGGUCACACUGCUAAUAACUAUAGAUAGCACUUUAGGCAGACAAACAUAAGCAGCCAUAACCUGUUCUUACCACUUGGGCAAGGACUGGAAAAAGGGCGAAGACAACCUGAAACUCCAGAAGUUACAUUCAGGGGAGAGAGCUGGUUUUUCCCCAGAGCUUCCUCCCAGGCCAGGGAGAUGCUACCGUGCCUGACUUUGGAAAGUGAGGAAGGAGCAGGCUUCGAAGAGAGGAAGGACUGUUCCAUUGAAGAUCCAAAAGAAAUCAUCAUGCUGGCUUUUAUGAGAGAGAACACUGAGAUUCAAAAGGGUCCUCAGAAUGCCCAGCAGCAAGGCAAGAAGAAGAGGAAGAAAAAGAGAUUGGUGAUCAAUUUAACCAGCUGUCGGUAUGAGAGCGUGCGUAGGGCAGCUCAGCUGUAUGGCCUUAGAGAGGGAGGGGAAAACGAUGACUGGACGCUCUACUGGACAGACUACUCGGUGUCGCUGGAGCGCGUGAUGGAAAUGAAAAGUUACCAGAAAAUCAAUCACUUCCCUGGGAUGAGUGAAAUCUGCCGCAAGGACUUGCUGGCCAGGAAUAUGAGCCGCAUGUUCAAGAUGUUCCCUAAAGAUUUCCACUUUUUCCCUAGGACUUGGUGUCUUCCUGCUGACUGGGGAGAUUUGCAGACCUACAGCAGGUCAAGAAAAAAUAAGACAUAUAUUUGUAAGCCGGAUUCAGGCUGCCAAGGGAGAGGUAUAUUCAUUACCCGGACGGUGAAAGAAAUCAAACCAGGGGAGGAUAUGAUCUGUCAGCUGUAUAUUUCAAAGCCCUUUAUCAUUGAUGGGUUCAAGUUUGACCUACGGAUUUAUGUGCUGGUGACAUCCUGUGACCCUCUCAGGAUUUUUGUGUACAAUGAAGGGCUGGCCCGCUUUGCUACGACCUCCUAUUCCCCGCCUUGCAUAGACAACCUGGAUGACAUCUGCAUGCACCUGACUAAUUAUUCCAUUAAUAAGCACAGUUCGAAUUUCAGUCUAGACGCUCACUCCGGCAGCAAGAGGAAGCUGUCCACGUUCAAUAUGUACAUGGAGAAGCACAGCUACGACGUGGAGCGGAUAUGGAGGGACAUUGAAGACGUCAUCGUCAAGACGAUCAUCUCGGCCCAGCCCAUCAUCAAGCACAACUAUCACACCUGCUUCCCCAACCACACUCUCAACAGCGCCUGCUUCGAAAUCCUGGGCUUUGACAUUCUGCUGGACCGCAAACUGAAACCCUGGCUGCUGGAGGUCAACCACUCUCCAAGCUUCUCCACUGACUCCUGGUUGGAUAAAGAGGUGAAGGACAACCUGCUGUAUGACACCUUUGUCCUGAUCAACCUGAGAAGCUGUAACAAAAAGAAAGUCUUGGAGAAGGAGAGACAACGAGGCCGGUUCCUGCAGCAGUAUCGUUCUUGGGACAUCAGGACUGAGGAAGCUAAGGGUUUCCAGGCUUCGUGGUUACAGAAGACUGAGAAGUACGAGAAGGAAAACUGUGGAGGGUUCCGGCUGAUUUAUCCCUGUCUGAACUUGGAGAAGUAUGAGAAGUUUUUCCAGGACAACAGCUCCCGCUUCCAGAAUACUAUCUCGUCCAGGGCUCGGGAGGUGUAUGCCCGGCAACUGAUCCAGAAGCUGAGACUAAAACAGGAGAAAAAACCCUUCCAGACCAAACAGAGGAAGGUAGAGAUGCCAGGGGAAUCGGCAGGCGAGCAGGCCAGAGGCAACGGUGCAAAGACCUGGCGACAGAAGCAACAGAAACAAGAGGCUGCCACCCACACCACCUCCAAACAAUAUGCCCAGCCAUUAGUGUCCGGCACACCUGACUUGCUCUUGAGUGUCAGAGAUGAAAAGAAAAACGAAACAGACAGCAACCUAGACCAGGAGGCCCCCAAGAAGGAGGCUGGUGCUCUUCCCCCAAAGCCUACAUCUGCAAGGCAGUACAGCUCUGUACCCGACCUCAGGAAUUCAAGACUCAGCUGCUCUGGGCUGGGGCUCGGUAAAUCCAAGCCCAAAAUCAAGGAGGCCAAGUCUGCCAUGGCAGUGAACAUAGGCACUGGCACUCAGCCUGUACUCUUAGUAGAAACCUCCCCAGAAUCCACCACCAAGAUCUCAAACUCCCCAAAGUCUCUGCCAACCCGGUCCACGUCCACCAGCUCCGAGUGCAGCAGCCCAGAGAUCUACAGGAUGGUCUCCUUUAGACACAGCCAGUGGCAGAUCUCCCAGCAGCGCAUCCCGGAGAAAGUAUCGAAAACUUCUCUGUCUACAAAAUCCCUUAGCUUCCCAGUUCGUAUGAACCCAAGCUGGGAGUCACUAAGGAAUGACAUGAAGAAGCAGCAGCUGAUGUCAGAACUAUUCACCAAGGUUCACCUGAGGAGGCAGCUGUCCUUGUUCCCAGCUCACUACAACACAAAGCCGGUGGCCAGUAGCCAGUCACAAAAACCCUCCCUGCCCAUGGAGUGUUACUUCCGCAGCAGCAGCUCUGGUGAGAAGAGGCAGCUGGAUGUGCCCUCCCUCCUCCUUUUGCAGAGUCCUCAAAGGUACAGUGUUUCUCUGAAUGACCUGCUGGUGGCCACUCCAGCCCGCCUGGAUCCGAGGCCCAGCAGAAGCCACACAGGUGCAGUGAGGGACCUGAGGACACAGGAUCAGGAAGCAUGCAGUCACUGCCUGAUCUCUGGCCACAAAAGAUGUGAGAGGAACUAGUGUCUCCGGUGUUCACAGAAUCAACUGAAAAUUUCAUUUCCUCAUCUAGAUGUCCUGGUCCUACACAUAUCUCCCACCAGCAGCACUGAGGCUAACAGCCUUGCCUCUGUGCCCACACAGUUGGCCUCCAGUGCUACUUGACUGAGAUUUCAGCAUAUUGAUGGGUGCUGCCCCAGGACUCACCCUGUUGCCCUACUUGUGGCUCUUCUCUGGGUCCCUCGCAUGGCACCACCAUCCAGAACACUCCCCCAGGGAAGAGUCAUGUUUCAGACGAAGGCAGAGGUGAGGCAAGAGUACCCAGCCUGAAGGUCUUUCUCCUAUCCACAUGCAGGCAUCAUGCACCUCCCUGCCCUGCCUCACAUUCAUUAAUAAAAUAAAUUGCCAUGCUCAAUGCCA